UUAAUAUGAAGUAUGUAUGUAUAUGCAAAAAAUAUUUUGUUUAAAUUGUACAAUGAUGAUCGAUAAACGAGGUCGCCGUGCCCUCGAUUUAUUAUCCUGAUUUCAUUGCUAGGCCUUCAGUCAACCAAAAAUGCACAAGAAAAAACUGGAAAACAACGAGACAGCUAGAACCGUGUUGCGGUUCGACCUGUGGGUCGAACAUCAUGGUAUAAGGUGACAGCGGCAAAGGUUAAACAUCAAUGGUUGCCGAUGAUCGAAAUAGCGUUUGUUUGGUGUUGUUUAUUUGAAACUCUAUUCAACCCUAUUUCGAGUCGUUUAAACAAUCCUUGGACAUAGUUCGACGGUAAAAUGAGUACCGUCGAAUACGACCUGGGCACAGCCGGCGGGCUCAUGCCACAAAUCCAAGCUCUGAUAGCGCCCCCCGUAUCAGAGGAAUCAAAAACAACAAAAACGAAGAAAGAUAAAGAUGAAAAAACUCAUCCAUACUUCAAGCGACCCGGCCGAGGUCACAACCGAGACUCUUGUGAUGCUUGUCGCGAUGGAGGAGAGCUCAUAUGCUGUGACAAAUGUCCAGCUUCGUUCCAUCUCCAAUGUCACGACCCUCCAUUGGACGCAAGGGAUAUCCCAAACGGAGAAUGGAUGUGUCAUGCCUGCCGUUGUGCGGAUGUUACUAAGAAAGAUAGUAGUGCUGGUAAAAGGAAACGGCGAAAAUCAGCCUUGGAAACCCUAGCAUUGGCUGCUUCCCUCCUGAAUCCAAGAGAAUUUGAACUUCCACGAGAAUUGCAAAUCCCAAUCACAUUCCCUGGAACAGACAAAAUAAAUCCUUCAGCUGGUAAAAAAGGAAGGCAGCAAAACUCUUGUACAAACAAUGGGAAGAGUCACUGCUUGGAUAAUGGGUUGAUGGUGCCCCUGCCAGCUCGUUUAUGCUUUGAAUGCGGGAAAAGUUGUCGGAAAGCGCCAUUGAUAGUUUGCGAUUACUGCCCACUAUAUUUUCACCAGGAUUGCCUGGAUCCUCCUCUUACAGCAUUUCCAAAAGGACGUUGGAUGUGUCCCAAUCAUCCGAACCAUUUUAUAGACCAAAAUUUACUGCCAUCAUGUGGUGCUACAGAGCGCCUUAAAUUGUGGGAUAAGUAUGCAUCUAAGCGGCUGGAUCAACAAUCUGUAAAAUUGGAAUUUCUUCGAAAAGCCCGAGCAACUAAUCCACCCUUCAGGGUUAAAGUCAAACUCAAUGGAAAAACCAGGGUUCAAGUGCCAACUGCGGUAAAAUAUCACUAUGCGAAUCCACCAGAAAUUGAACCAAGUAAUUUGUAUAGAAUGAAUGACGUAAUUCAGCCAACAAUGCAUCCGACGGAAACGUACAGAUCAGAAAAAUCACAUAAUGAACCAGUUAAUAAUGGUGAUGUUAUGUCGGACGUAGAAAGCAAUCUAGAAAGUAAGCAGGAAAAAAGCAGAGUUAAUCAAAGAAGUACAGAUGAUACAGAUAUAAUAGAUAGUUCAAUUAGGUAUUCGAAAAAUAUAAGCCAACACUCUGUCAAAGAGGGAGUACAGCUACUGGAGAGACCAGUCUUAGAAGCUUUAGCUCAACAGAGAUUAGAACAGAUAUUGAAUCCGAUGGGAGACGAUUAUAUGUCUGUUCAUUGCCAAUCUAGAGCAAGAGCUGUGGUGUUUCCACUGAGUCGAAAGCCAGGAACCCCGACAUUCAUGACAAGUAGAACACUCAGCAUCGGAAAUGGAGCUGACUGUGAUUUAUUAUUAUCCAAGUAUGGAAACUGCCAAUGCACGUCAUCUAAACAUGCUGUCAUUUUUUACGAUGAGACUACUAAUCGUUACGAAUUGCUAAACUACAGUGAGCAUGGGACUACAGUAGAUAAUAUUUUAUACUCUUGUGAUUACGCAAAUCCGGAAAGGACAGAAAGUGAAGGGGAGGAAAAAGCAAGAAGCAUAUUAAGUAAAGAUCAAGAAACUGUGAAUGCGAUAAAAAAUAUUGCCAAUAAAAACAAAGCAUUAUUGCCAGAACGUGAGGAGACAAAAGUUUUGUGCACAUGCAGGCAAUUGAAUCACGUGAAUAACAAUCACAACAGCAGCUAUUUGGAGGAAGGAUGGGAAGGCAGUGCAUUGGUAGCUCAUGGCUCAAUCUUGAGGUUUGGUUGCCUUGUAUUUUUAUUUAGUACUGUUGAUCACGUUUUGAUUACGCAUUGAAUCAACGUAAUUGUGUAUUCUGAGAGAUGUAAAUACGAAAUGUAAGAUAAAAAAAAACUUUUAUAAUACAAAUAAUUUGAAUAUAUUUCAGACAGUUAUGAAAUUCGGAGAAAACUCGUGGCUAUUGUUACAAAUAAUUUUAUUUAACCUUCUUUUGGAGAAGACAAGUGAUACAGUUUAUUUAAAAACAAAGGAUGCAAAUAUGGUGAUCGCCCAUGUAUUUACAUGUUUAAAGUGCAAUUCUACCCACGAAGCUUUAUCUUUCAAUUAAAUUUUGUGUGGUUAACAAGAAAUUCUUUUUGUUCUCCAAAGAUAUUGCAAUACUGCCAAUUCAGGAUAUGUUCUUUGUUUUUAGACUCUCAAUUGAAA